UACAAGUUCAGACUCGUAAACUAAAGGAAAAUAUAUAUUGUUAUAAAUUAAAACGCGGACAUAAUGGAUGUAAAGUAUAUUUUAAUAGUGGUGUGUGUUUUAGAGUGGACGAUUGCCAAAAAUAACAAUAAAAUUGGUGCGUAUAAAAAAAAUAUCAUUGGAUUUACAAGGGCUUCUCGGAGUAAGUUAAGUGAAAGCAUAUUUAUUACAGCAAACCUAAAAUAUUAUAUACAAGAAUAUAGAGCAAAUGUUUUAAUUAAAAAAAUAUUUAAUAUGGAAGUUCUAUCAACGAAAUUUAUAUUCUAACGGGGUCUAAUUUGUGGUGGAACGAAUUUUUUAAACGUCACUUCAAAGUGACGCCACUGCACCCGACGAUUAUACAAGUGUGGUGUUGUCAGUGUUCCAUAAGCAAAAUAAAUCAGAUAAAGAUAAAAUAUAUUAUAAUGAAGGUGAUUAUAUAGAUUUUGUUUGUGAAUUACAAACCCAAUACAAAAUCAAAGAUUAUACUAUCAGUAUGGUUCAUGUUAAGUAUAGACUUGUACCUACUAUAUUAUACAAUACCAAUGUAGCUUUUAUCAAAUACAUGAUAACAGCUGAAGAAAUAGACAACAGAUCCGCGGUAUAUUGUAGUGUGAGAAAAAAAUCCAAAGUAAUCAAUAACACCACUUCCAAAGAAUUGUUUAUGAAUCAUUCGGGUCAACAGAUUGGUAAUCCAAUUAAAAAUAUUGAGUACUAUGAAGGGAAUCCAAUGAGAGUGUCCUGCAACAAAGGAGAUAAACUAAUUCAAAAGGUAAAUGAAAAGUAUGUCAUUAUGUAUAAAAACAUCUAUUUGAACUCGUCUGAUUCUGGUUCCUUGAUAUUUUGUAAUAGUAUAACCAAUAAAACUAUGAAAACUGGCAUUGUUUACACACGAGCAAUUUACAACAAAAGGAUCUAUUCAUUGACAAAUUCACAAAUAAGUUCAAAAAGACCUGGUACGGAUCAAAUGUCUGUCGUUUUAAAAUCAGCAAGGCAAGAAAUUGUUCACCAACCAACCACCUACCAACCGGCAACAACCAAUGAAUUUCCACCGCAAAAAUCAACCUCCAUCGCGUGGAAAAAAUGUUAUAUUAUUGGAGGUAGUAUGUCUUUGGUCUUAAUUAUAUUGAUGGGCAUUCUACUCUGUCUACGAAAGAAGAAUAAGGAAAAGCCUCCUCUUGAAGUCGUACCAGAUCCAAAAUAUGAAGAUAUUGAACUUAACACCGCCUCCAAACAAAUAAUCUAUGCAGAACUGGAAUUAUCAGAGGAGUCUUCCAAUACUCAUAUAUUUCAAAAAAUAAAUGAGCCGCAAUAUGCACAGAUAUGUAAUCUGCAAAAUAAUGAUAAUAAAUGAUUU